UGGUUCCAAGAUGUCACUGAAAUCGUGUGAAUUCCACUGUUAAAGUUUGCACGGCGGCGUAAACCCCAGUCCAGUCUAAUCCAAUCUGCUUUGACAGGUUGGUAAGUAAGUUAUUUGUAGUUAUGUGAAAUGAGGAUCUAUGAAUUUGGGCGUAUUUAACAGGGUAAAUUACAACGUGAAGGAUUCUGAGAGUGGUGGUAUGUACUCAGAGUGGGCAUCAUUAACAUCACUGAUCCAGAAUGGGAAUGAAGACAGUCAGAGUGUGUUGGGGAAGUUCCCUAUCGCAGCUGGGAAGGAGGUUGCCAUGGCAGUGGUCAAACAGCUGGCUUCCAAUCUGGGUUUUGCACAGGCAGCUGAGCCCAGCCCCCUUACAACCGAUCGGGAAGUUCAGUGGUGCAUGGAGGUAAUUUGUUUUGGGAUGAGCCUUCCGCUGAGUGAACAUGACACAAUAAGGGAUUGCGUUCAUGUGUACUGUGCGUGGUUAUCAGCUCUUCAUCCCGUCCCCAAGGUCAGUGUUCCAAGGCCCAUCUGUGAGGACCCCAACUUGUAUGCCAGGAAGAUGAUCUGUCAUUUCCAUAAUCUCUUUGUUCCGCGUAAGGGAGAAGUGUGGUCAUUCCCUUACUUGGAUCUAGGUGCAGACACAAUAAACCGGCAGGCAGUCCUUUGUCAUCGGGUUUUGCGGACUCUUCAGCACUUGGCCCAGGGUUCCAACAGCCUGACAAGAGAAACAUGGGAGGCAUUGCUACUGUUCUUGCUUGCCAUCAACGACACGCUCCUCGCACCGCCUACAGUGAAAGAUGAUGUUGGUGAUCAGCUGUGUGAGCGUGUGCUUAGUGUGCUGUUUGAGGUGUGGUUGUUGGCAUGUGCUCGGUGUUUUCCUUCACCACCUCUCUGGAAGACCUUCAGGGAAACGUGCAUGAACUGGCGGCACCGAGUUGCCCUCAUAGAGCAGUGGAAUCGUGUUAAUUUAGCACUUACUGCCCGGCUUCUUGAGUUUAUGUAUGGACCUUCCUUCCCUGAGUUAAAAAUAUGUGAAGAGGAUGCGCAGCUGAUACCAGCUUUAAUGACUAAUGAUUGCAUUGCCCAGAGCUGGUUCCGGUUUCUCCAUUGCUUGGGCAAUCCUGCAAACCUGUGCAGACCAGCUAUGAUCUCACAGACUCAGAAAUUUCUCCAGUUUGCUAUAACAAGUGAGAAUGUUAUUGACCCUUGUCAGCAUCCUUGUCUUGCUUCUCUGCCGCUUAUCUUCCUCAAAGCCGUUAAGGGCAUUGCGGGACAAGUGGAUGCAUUCUUAGGCAUUGCUCAACCUUACUUAUGGGACGAGGGUUGUAGUUCAUCAGACCGGGACAAGAGGGAGAGUGGCAUUUCUUCCCACCCCACCUCUGUCACCCAUUCCCCCACUCCUCCGCCCCAGCGCCGUCUCGCCAAGAGCUUUAGCGUAGCCCCUUCAGCAGUCACCAAGGGUAUUCCAAAAGCUUCAUUGAUUGGUCUGACUAGUAGCCGAACUACAUCAUCCUCUGCUGUGUUAAGUGGACAUACAGCAUCCACCCCAAACUCUGGUCCUUCAUCUGCUUCAAGCCUUAGCUCUGUGGUGUCUCUAGGUGGAGACUCACGUCAACCUCUGGCUCCAGCCCGCCCAAAGUGUAACAGUAUUCUUCACAUGUUUGGGGAAUGGUUGUUUGAGGCUGCUCAUAUUGGCUGUGAAGCAGUGUAUCAUGGAAAAGGAAGCGAAGCAAAUACAAACAAGCGACCUAGUUCGCUGCUCCUGGAUAAUCGUAAGGGCAGCCUAUCUUUGUCGCAGCCCGGCUCGCUUAGUGAUGACGCCGACAUCCCACCUGCUAUCACCAUCGACAAGUACGAAGCAGGGCAAGCUGAGGCCCUUGGAGCACUCUGUCGCAUCUUCUGCGCAAAGAAAACGGGAGAAGAAAUACUUCCUGUAUACCUAGCUCGCUUUUAUCUGGCAUUACAGCAAGGACUGCAUACAAAUGAGAAUCGUGAAUGUGGUGAAACUUUGGCCAGCAUCUUGCUGAAUUCGGCUGAUUUGUUCCGGCUCGACCUGGACGGUGUGCAGGUGUUACUCCCACAUGUCAUCAAUGCACUAGAAAUUGUUCUUCCAGAGAAGGAAUUGAAGUUGAAGUCAUCCUCAGUAUCCAAGACGGAACUGCGAAGAGCCUCCAUCCAUCUCCUCCUGUCCAUGUUGGUUCUUCCACUGCACUUUCAGAAUUUAACCAUCAAAGAUCUGGGAAGAGGAAGUUCAGAGCGAGGUCCACUGACUUUUUCCCAGCUCAAACCUUCGCUUAUGAACCUGUUGAUAAAUGCGCUGCAGGUGGAAUCAGAUCCGCAGAAUGCUCAGAUGUUGCUUGGUGGUUUGCUCUUAAGUGUGCAGGAUUCUGCGAGCGCUGAAGAAGUAGAACAAGUAACUCAACCAGACACUGGUCCUUGCAGUGAUACUACUUCGAAUCUCCUGUCAUCUGCUUCUGAUACAGUUAGCUCACUCAGUCUUCCAAGUGAUUAUCGCAGCGUGAGCCUGGGCAGAGGUGAUGAUGUCUCACCCGAGACUCAAGACCAGUCAGAUUCCACGUCGUCAUCUGGGACGUUUGGUAACAUGAUGUACAUUGACUACCCCAUGGGACUGAACAAAAAUUCUGCCCAUGCUCUCUUUGUACGCGCAACGUACCUUGUGUGUCAUCGACUGAUCUCGUCGUGGAAGACGGACCUCAAUGUCUCACUUGCUGCCUUAGAGUUGCUUGCUGGCCUUGCUAGGAUACACAUCCGAGAAACAGCUAGGAAGCCCACAGAUGCUCUGGAAUGUAAGCGUGCAGUUAAGUGGCUCUGCGACUACAUUGUGUACCAGUGUUCGCGCCCACCGCCUGCACAUUCGAAGGACCUGCACUCAACCAUUGUUGCAGCAUUCCAGUGCGCGGCAGUGUGGCUUGUAGCGCACCCAUACCUGCUCCAGGACAAGGAUUGCCUUACCACCGUGCUGGAAGUGGUUGAGCUGGGAAUAUCUGGUUCCAAAUCACAAGGUAAGCCUGGAGAACCUGUCUGUAUGAAGGACGAGAAGGAGUUGAAGCCGGCGUCAAUGCGGGUGCGGGAUGCGGCCGAGGCUCUGCUUACAAUUGUAUUGGAACAGGUUGGUUAUUUCCCGUCACCCUGCGGCGCAGAAUCACUGUGGUCUCUGCUAGAUGAAGUGGCUCUUCUGAGACACUGCAACUCAUGGCCAGGAGGAGAUAAUUUGUCGAGGGAACUGGCAGUUGACAGGUUCCACUACUUCGUUGUGGAGAACUCAACAGUGCUGGCAUUGCUUGAGGAACCUCUUGGAAAUGACCAAGAUCCACAACCGACAGUCACAGUUCUGAUCCGGGGACCAUUUGGUCGUCAUGCUUGGACAAUGCAACUGAGACAUUUGCCACGACAUAAGUCAGGAACAAAAUACCAUGCACCCAAUCCUGGGCGACCGGUACCGAUGGCUGAUGUCGGAGUGCACCAUGACGUGAAGCAUCGAUAUUUUCCUGAAAAUGUUGAUCGUAUUCCACAAUGUAAAGUGGACAAGUCUAUUCCCAGUAUGGAGAGUCUUCUCACAGAAGCCGGAGCAGCGGCAGAACAUGCCCAUCUGUCACGGUUGGUAGAACAGCAGGCUACGCUGGAAACAGCUGCAGGACAGGAGUGGUGUAAAGACGCUGAGAACCCCUUCCCCGAGUGUGUCCCACCUCCCGCCUGCCACGAAUAUCAGACGGCUCGACUCUUUCUCUCACACUUUGGCUUUCUGUCUCUUGAUGCAGCAAAUGGAAAUGUGGGAUCACCGUUCAUGGCAUUGAACACUUCAUUGGACGGCUUCUGUCGUGAUCUUGAAGCACUUGAUAAUAUGAGUUCUCGUACUUGUGACACUGUUCACGUGUUCUACGUUAGAGCAGGGCAGAAAACACCUCAAGAAAUUCUUAGUAAUGUGCAAUCUGAAUCAACAGUGUCUCCUCACUUCCUGGAGUUUCUGCUGUCUUUGGGGUGGUCAGUCAAUGUGUUUCAGCAUCCAGGGUGGACUGGCCACAUAUCUACCAGCUGGAGGAUCACACAGCCUACUUCACAGGAAAAUGCAACUCCAAGGAACCAUGGCGGAAGCUUAUACAAUGGGGACUCUCAGGUUUUGUACUGGGCAGACGCAAGCUCCGAAAUUGCAUUUGUCGUACCAACACGAUGUCAUGAACAUGAUGCUUCACCGCAGUUCGAUACAUCAUCUGAAUCAACACAUUUGUCUGGUCAAGGCUGGUUUGAGCGCAGCGUUUCAGACAGUGCUGGAAAUGCAGGUCGGGGCACUGAGAAGCCUCGAACUUUGUCCCUGGACCUAGAUAAGUCUUCUGCCUCAUCACCGGGCGCCAUUAAUGGAUCAGGCCGCAGACGAACAGGAGCUGUUCGUCAUCCACCUCCAGUACAUUCCAAUACAAAAGUGCUGGUCUUCUGGACAGAAAGCUAUGAGGAUCAGUUGCAGUUACCUCUAACUGAUUUGAUGCAAGCCACAACCACUGGUCUUGAGGGUGGCAGUAGCAGAGGACUGGAUGAACGUGACUACUUUGUCAUAUGUCUGAACGCUUUAGCCAGCGGACUGCUGCGGGUAAAGCUUCAGGGUCCAGCAGGUGGUCGCACCAGCCUUGCGACGCCACUGGUCGACGGAAUGGUGGUAAGCCGUCGAGUUCUCGGUUCCAUGGUACGUCAGACUGCGCUGAACAUAUGUCGACGCAGGAGGCUUGACAAUGACAGUUACCAGCCACCUCAUGUACGGCGACGCCUGAAGGUACAAGAACUAGUUCAGAAGUACCGAUGUGAGUUGAGUCAUCCCGAGUUGCUCACGUACCUCUUUAGUGAUCCCCCCACUUAGCUGAGUAACAGUUACUGCAGUCAGAUUUGCAUUAAACUAAUGCGGAUGGAGGAUCGUGGUUCAUGCAGAGUAUAAGUAACUUUUACAAGUAUUCAUUGCAAGACAAAGUCUGGCAAAAUAAAGGUGACUUACCUUACAGAAUCUCUUGGAGGUACUGUGUAAGGUAUGCAAGUGAAUAAUGUAUGUGUGUGUACCAAAGAAGUGCCCAGAAAUAUAUAAAUUCAGACACUAA